AUGCCGGAUGUUUAUGUUAGUUUUAUCCAAGGUGGAAAUAAUUUGGAAGGACUAUAUGUGACACCAAUACUAAAUGAAGAAAAUUGGAAAGUAAACUGGAAUGUCCUUUUUGCAGUUGUUUAUGCCACGAUGACCCCGGCUAAAAUUGGUGCCGGAGAUGAGCAGAAUGUUAUUACACCAUAUGGUUUAUGCCAUUAUCGUUUUUCAAAGCCACGCGACAAAAUAUUCCGAAGGCAAAUAAACCAUUGCCAAUUUGAUGGUGUCCGCAAUUUUACAUCAAUUAAUGGCCUCACACAACAUAACUAUCAACAUUCUGUUGUUUACAUGCAAAAUACCAAAUCAAAUGCAGAUAUUAUUGAUAUUGAAGCUGAAGAAAUGAUGAGCUUAAAGAGCUCAUUAAUUCCUGACUGGAACCUGAUUAUGGAAAUUCAGUAUGUUUAUUCGAAAUAA